CUGAAAGGGAUCGAACUUCAUGAUCUUAAUGUUUUUUCAGGACCCUGUUUGUUGUUUGAACGCAAAGCUGGGACAAAUAAUGCUGAAGCUGAAAGGUUUUAUGCUUGUGCUGUCUAUCGGUCACGCAGAGUAUGUCCAUAUCGGGUAAACGUCACUGGUGAGAACAUUUCGGGUCAUCACGUUUCAGAAGAUGCUGUUACAGGAAGUGCACUGAAGUCUUCCUUUUGUUACGCAAAAAUACGUAGAAAAGUGAACUCGUGGAAGAACAAAGCUAAAUAUUAUUGUUCAAAAUGCAACGACAUCUUUCUCCUCCCCCAUGUUCAUCCAUUGAAAGGACCGGUCAGUAUAGCCGAAUUACGGCGUCCAACGCAGCUACUUGCCCCGCUUACACAGAAACAUUCAGAAAGUCAGUACUGGUUUAGUGAUGAAUCAUUGCGUGUUUUGCUGGUUGGCAUUCGGAAUUCUCGGUGCAAUGGCGUUUUAUGUAUUGGAACUCCGACUGUGUUCGAAUAUCUUCAAAGCAACAGAGAGCUUCGAGCAAACUGCAAAUCAUUUUUGCUUGACAUCGAUUCCCGAUUUGUUAGUUUCUUUCUUUUAGCUCAUUUUAUCAUUUUGGCUACAUCUACCUUUGUUUGUUAUGUGAAUCAUGUGAAGUAUAAACGACCGGAUAAGUCAGUUGUUCGUUUUUUCACUGAUCUUCCACUGGAUGUGUUCGAUUUGUCAGAAUUUUCUAACUACAGGUUCUGUGAUAAAUGCGAGAAAUACGUAACAAAGACGAAUUUGCAUUGUGAUUUUUGCGAAUCUUGUCCUUUGGAGGAUGGUUAUAUGCAUAAACAUUGUGAUAUUUGCUGCCGUUGUGUGAAGGAAUCAUACGAACAUUGCGGAGCCUGCAAACGCUGUCACUUGCCACAAAGGUGUCCCAGGUUUUUGGGAGUUGAGGCUCGGAACUAGUC